AUGGAAGUCAACAACAUGGCAACAAAUAGGCAUGCGACUGGAAGCAUCAUCCCCUCAUCUUCAAGAGGCAGAGGAGGCCACCCAAUCCUCACAUCCACGGGUGGCCGAGGUAUCUCAAUGUUGCUGGGGAAGAUGCUGACAAAGAACAAAGUGGUGGUUGCAAAAGCAGCAGGGGCAGCUCGAUAUGCAUGGGGAAACUAUGGAGAGGUGAACAUCCAGCCCACAGAAACUGCAAACCUAUUCAUAUUCACAUUCAACAACAUGGAGACAAGGGAUAAAGUCUGGAGGGAUAGGCCAUGGAGCUUAUCCAACACGCUCACUGCGAUCGAAAAGUAUAGUGGGCGAGGGAAACCAGAAGACAUACCAAUCGAGAAGGUUUCAAUGUGGGUGCAGAUCCAUGGCUUGCAUCAGAAUCAAAGGAACGUGCAGAAUAUGGAGGCCAUUGGCUCCUCCUAUUUCCUGGAACUUCUUGAUCUGGACAGAGCCAGCCUUGACUUUGCUGGUUACCGGAGGUUUCUGAGAAUUUUGGUGGAGGUUGACCUCAGGGAACUAGUCGCAACUGGCAUAUGUAUUAUCUUCCUCUAA